CAAAAACAUAAUCCAAAACAUCUAUCAUAAAAAAUUGAAUACUUUCUGAGUCUAUCUUACAUUCUUAAAAGUAACCAAUUAGUCCAGUCCAGUCUCUAGCUCUCUGCCUUAUCCAAGCUGUGACAGAUGAAAAUGAAGAUCGCUAGAGGGACAUUGGCAAUAAUCCUUCCUCUGGCCUUGGCGUUUCUUCUGUCUUUCGCUGCUUGCACUGAGUCAAAGAUGCAUGUAAAUGAAAAAAGGCUGCAAGUAGCUUUUUCAAGAUCGCAUCUGAAGGGGAAAAAGCUGCAGCCCGCAAAAGCAGGCGACAAGGAAGCAGUACUGUCUUCUAAUCGAACGGAAAAAGGGUCGAUGACGAACACGUGGUGCAUUGCAAAGCCGUCGACAAAUAAUGAUAAACUUCUUCACAACGUGGAAUACAGCUGCGGGGAAGCUAAUGUGGACUGUCGUAGCAUUCAACUUGGAGGAACCUGCUUCCAUCCAAACAAUGCAGUCUCUCAUGCUUCGUUUGCUAUGAAUCUCUUCUACCAGGACUCCGGGAAGCACCCUUGGAACUGCGACUUUAAUGGAACCGGUCUCAUCGUUUCUGACAACCCAUCUUUUGGUCUAUGCCAGUAUCCGGCUUGAUGAGAGAGCUCAAGAUAAGAAGUUAAGGAAUGAAGACACUUUUGUAUCGGAAGAAUAAAAUCAGAAGGUUUUCAAGUACUUGUUGUAAGGGAGGAGAGAGAGAGAGAGAGAACUCAAACUUGAAUAAGAAAUAGAGGGCAGCAGUGGUUUUUAUUGAGAUAAAAUUAAGAUCCAAAUGCUGUUAGAAAUAAUACGUUAUUCAA